GGUUACUUGCUUCCUUCUUCACUUUCAUCCCACCAGCUCGACCCUUUUUUUAAGACUUGGCAUCCUGGCUUGUAACACAUGCGAAGGGUCUACUUUAUCCUAUGGUCUUCAUUUCUUUUUUUCGGUGCCUCGAUGCCUUAUUCCAUCCGCAUGACAGCAUCGCAUACCUCUAUUCAGAAUUUACUCGCCUCACCACAGUUCGCCCGACCAACUCAUGGGUUUCUUUAACACGCUUUCGGUUAGCUGUGGCUGACCUUUCGCCCGACUGCACUGCAUCACAAUCGUCCUAGCUGGUCGGUCUUUUUGCUACCCCAGUUCACUUGCGACGGACCACUACGCGCUGUACGACACCGGCGAGAACCUCUCCGGUCAUCGCGUUCCUCCAAACGGGUGGACUCAUCCGUUGUUCGAGUGGGGACCGCAUUGCCAUUUGCUCUGCCUGUAUAUCUGACUGCAAGUGUGUUUUUAUUCCUCUGCAGGCUCGAGGUAGCUACCUGCAAGAUGCAAUGCAGAAGCCUAAAAAAUAGCUUAGCCAUAAUGCCCAAACGAUCCGCAUCGAAAUCGCCAGCAUCACCACCCAAGAAAGUACGUCCAUCUAUGCAGCCCGAGGAUUUGGAAAUAAUGGUUCCGGAGCCUCAUAGAAAGUGGCCCAUCGACCAAGUGCCAGUCGAGAUAUUCCAACUCAUCUGCGACUUCCUCCCCCGCCCCUCGGUGCAAUGCAUGCGCCUAGUGUGCCGCGAGUUCGACCGCAUGGUCUCGGCCCACUACUUUCGGAACGUCGUCGCACCAUUCCGGGCCGCCCUCUACGGAUCCCCAGAUAAUCACAGCGGCGCCUUGGCUGUGGGUAGUGCUGGCGGGGAGGAGCUUCGCACCGUUUUCCACGUAUUUGGCGAACACAUACGGGCGUUUGCCCUGGCGCUCGAGCUCAACGAGGUCGAUUUGGCUUUUCCUCCUGAGAAGCUCACACAGCAGGUCGUGAAGACGCCCUGGGGCCUAUACCGGUGGCCGCUCAGAGAUUACCAACGAUACAGUGACCUGGAGGCUAUAGAAGAUCAGGCCGAUGAGACGGCGCUGCUCACCAGCUCAUUCCGCAAGCUCAGCCAGCUGAGUGAGCUCGGUCUGUCUUGCGAUGCUGGUCUCGGUUAUCUCCAGGGUCCCGACCUCAACAAAUAUGCGCCGCGUACUCUGCCCCGCGUCUUCAAGAGCGCCCGGUACGAGCCCGAGGCUCUCACCAGCCACUCAAUGGAUGGCACCGUCGAGAACGGUAGGGCCCGUCGAUAUGAUCAACUUCAACGAAUGAUGGUUAAUGCCGGGUACUCUGCCGAGGAAAUUCCAGGAGCCAUUGACUAUCUCAAAACUUGUGAAGGUCGAGCGUCACCUCGAAAGUAUACAGAAGACGAGGGCAUGAUGCCGAUAGUCGACUCUUCUGAGGUGGGAUAUGAAAACGCCCAUGUUGCCCCCUCUGAUGUGCUACCCAGGCCUGAGGCUCUGUUGUUGGAUGAUGGCACAGAUGAUGAGCCGCUAGCCGAGGUCGACGUCAACGGCGCUGCUGUACAGAACCCUGUGCCACCAUGGUUCGACAUAAACAGGUGGGCAACCAAGACGACCAAGCAAAUCAAAAGCAAUCCUUUGGAGCCGCAAGACCUGACGGCCGCGCAGAGAGAGAUGCUGUUGGAGAUGUCCUGGGCCCACGAUGCUCUGGUGCAGUCGUUUGUCCUAUCGGUCACUGACAAUUACGACGCGUUCAGUAAUGUCAUGAGCUUCAACAUUGCCCGCAUCCCUGCUCAUCUUGUCCACACGCUCGCUCGUCCCACCUUCUGGGAUAGCCUGCCCAACGUUUGGGAAUUCUCCCUCGGCGUAAUCCCAGAUUGGCGCGAGGUUCACAAGCGCAACGGUGUGAUUGAAGAUCAGCCUCUUUCACCUCUAGACGCUACUGGCCCGACCUACCGAUUAUUGCAGGCGGUCGCAUCGCGGAAGAAUAUCAAGAAGCUUCACUUUGAGUGGAUCUGCGGCGGCGAGUUGGGCGUCGGGGCUGGCCAGCGAAAUCGUUAUGUUCUGCCUGCACCAUUUGUUCCUGACCCUAGGCUGAUGGUCAAAUGGGACGUUUUGACGAACGACGCCACAUCUCACAGGGUUCUCCAGUUGCCUCACAUCACCGAGAUGUCUCUGAAGAACUGCUGGUUCAGCCCCCACGUAUUCCUUCAUACUGUGCAGUUCAUGUCGGCGUCCUCCUUAACGACGCUAAAGCUGAAUACGGUCUCAAUCACUGGCCCGGUUCAGCGCAUAGUCAGCGUCAGCUAUCUCCCUCACAAUGGCGGUGCUGACAGAAUCCCGAACGCGUGGCCAUGGCCUUUGUGCAUGGGUGCCUCCCCUGGGCGGCCUUACACCUUCCAGGAAAACGUUGCUCAGGUGCCAAACGCCGUGCAGCCGCCGGUUCAGUGGGCAAACGCGGCACCAGCUCCCAAUGUCGCUCAGACCACAGCAACCGCGUCGCCGCCGAGCAGCCAAGCCUGGCAAGGUCCCUUACGGGAUCAUUGGGUGCCUAUUCCGGAGUUCCUGUCAUGGGCACACAUUCUCAACGAGAUCACGCCGGGCCAGACUCUACUUGAAAAGUACCACGACCUUGCUAGCGACCCAUUUGACCAGAGCGAAAAACGCUUCCAAGAACUUCAGGGCCGUCUGAAGAAGCUUGGAAAGAAUUUAGAACGCACACGCAAACGUGGUCUCCAUACAAUCGAUUUCAAGUCCUGUGGCUACAUCCUUGUUGACGCUGAGCAUAUCAACAACCACGCCCUAAUACCCUCAGGGCCGCGGAACGUCGCCAUGCUGCCUUCGAUGAUCGACAAGUUGCGCUGUCUCGAUGGAUAUAUGCUCAAGUCCACUGCUACGUUGCUCGGCAAGAUUAUGGACGAUUUCACUGAGGGUGAGCAAAAUAUAUUGAGACACGCCUUCGACAUGUCAUUUGGCUGGACUGGUGUAUAUGAGCCCGAGGUGGAGCACGCAGCGCACGAGGACGGCUUUCUCGAGCAAGGUCAUUGUCGCUUCUCGGGCGGCUGGGAAAAAGGUGAACCGCGCCCUCUCACGCUUCGAAUGCCGCCGAUGAGCAUCCCUACCCACGAGCGCUAGUGGCUACUCGCACGUAGCUGCCCAUGCAUCUCUUUUGGGAAAGGCAAGAAGAAUUGUCUCCGCCUUUACGCCCAUCGAAUCGCCGAGCGUCUGCAGGAUUCUGACUUGCCGACCCAUCGCGCGUUAAAGAGGCUUGAGAUGCGCCUCGAUGAGUUGAAAUCUACAUCGACUUCAGCCCUUGAAACGAUUGCACCAGUUGUGCAACCCAGCUCGAGUGUGCCCCGGGGUCGACACAGCAUCCCUGGGCCCUACCCAUACGAUUUCAACAUCAAACUUGAACCUGCCACCGUUUACGAUAGUGUUGCCAGGGACUCCAGUGGGCUUUGCGAGUUCAUCAGAAAGCAUUUUAAUCUUCACGACGACUUUGACUUAUUCGAGUUGGAUGAGCAGUCGGAGGAAACGCCAAAUAGCUAUGAAGAUGCAUUCGGCUCCAUGUUUCCGUGGUACUGGGGGAACAGGCUUGCCAGGCUUGCGAGGGAGCCAAGGCUCAUUGUCAACUUGGCCAAGUUCGUGUUGGGUAAGGCGGAGCCCGUCUACUGGAGCAUGCAGCCUGCCACCCCAGCGGCCCGACGGGUACAGAUGGAUGAGGCUAUUUUUCUUGUCCUUGAGAAUUGCCCCGGGCCAGUUAUGACCCUUCCUAUGGCAGCGGCUACUGAUGCUGCCUAUGUUGCGGCCGUGCGCUGCCGGGAGUUGGAAGUUGAUCACAACAAAACCUUGAGCAAAGCUGGUGAUAGCAAGGCACUAGAUUCUGAGGAGACUAGAACAGGAUCAAGUGAGAAGAUUUCGGCCGCUGUCAGUAGUUCCCAACUUGUGGUUGACGAAUACGGCAACGGAUCGCUAAAUGGGGAACAGUUUGACGUAGACGUCCUGGAACUGGCGCUUCGCGGUACGCAUCUCAGCGCCCAGCAUUGAUUGAUGAGAUGUACUGGUCGACAGUUUACUGCCACUUGGUGAAUGUUUCAUCAGCCCUAGGCAGCGCUUGUCGAUCAUGAUAGAUGACAUCCCAACCGAGAACCGAAAGAAGCCCUCGGAACUCUUGUCACUGCACAACUUGCAGGAUUUGAUUUCUGUCGCGGAAACUUGUUUUGCUGCUUCAAACCCUCCCCUUUGAGAGUAAAAUAUCGCUUUUUGGUUGUCUUGAGACGUGCGCAUUCUGAACUAAGCACGAUCACGUCCGGGGUUCAGCGUUCAUUUUAUACAUACCGUCUCGUGCUGAUGGUAGCUGGGAACAUUGGCUUGGCUAAUAUCAUCGACAAAAAAGCUCCCAUUUAUUUGGGACAAAUAGGCUUUGGGUCGACCAUCGAUCGCUUGUUUUGUUGUCUGUAAACUCUUGUUUCGGGAUGCUCUCUCAGGUUAGAGAGGCCCCGGGUAUUCGCAUAGCAUUUUUAAUAUGAAUAAACACCCGUAAUCUGCACAUGUAAACA